CGUCGAUACACUUCAUCUCUUCUAAAUGUUUGGCACAAUUCUUACAACAAUAAGAGUUUUCUCCCUCGCUUCCAUAAUUUACAAGUCCUUCAAGUUAGUGUGAGAAGAAAGACGAGUCAAGUUUUCAUCAAUAUGCCAGGCAAGAUUGAGGACCUGGAUGAUGUGCUGCCUACAGGCAUCAACCCUUACAAGGUAUUGGGGAUCGAGAAGAGUGCAAGUGCAGACGAAAUCAAGAGCGCAUACAGGAAAUUGGCCCUGAAGCAUCAUCCAGACAAGGUACCAGACGAUCAGAAAGACAAGGCGAAGGAGGAGUUUCAGAAAUUGUCAUUUGCUUAUGGAAUUCUUUCUGAUGAGCGCCGGCGCUCAAGGUACGAUACUACUGGACGGACUGAGGAGACACUUCAUCUAGACGACGAAGACGACUUCAACUGGUCGGAUUUCUUUCGCUCGCAGUUCGCUGAAGUCGUUAGCGUGGAUGCCAUUGAAAAGUUUAAAUCUCAGUAUCAAGGCAGCGACGAAGAGAAAUUAGACGUGAUCGGCAGCUACGUUAGCAAUGAGGGCGACAUGGAUGCACUAUUUGAGGAAGUCAUCCUAAGCAAUCCUCUCGAUGAUGAGGAACGAUUCCGCAGGAUAAUUGACGCGGAGAUUGAAGCUAAGCGCGUAGAAGCAUAUCCCGCGUACGUCAACGAAAGUAAAGGGAAGCGGAAGAAACGUCUGAACGAAGCAAAGAAGGAAGCGAAGGAGGCCAUCCAGAUGGCGGAAGAACUUGGUUUGAAAGACAAGCUCUUCGGCACCAGCACGAACAGGAAAGGAAAGAAGGAUGAGGAGGACCUAAGCAGCCUUACAUCACUUAUCCAGCAGAGACAGAAGGACAGACAAGAGAAUUUCCUCGCCGACUUGGAGGCGAAAUAUGCUCCCAAGAACAAAAAAGGCUCAAGUGGCAAGAACAAGCGGAGUGCAGUCGACAUUGAUGAACCUCCUGAGGAGGCAUUUCAGCGCAAUAGAAAGAAAGGAAGAAAUGCAGUCGGGGAGGGUGAUUCCAAGGAGGGGCCCGAGGUCGAUCAGCCUCGAGCCAAACGUACGAGACGGGGGUGAGGUGACUUACCCCUCGUUCGAUACGUCCACCGUUCUACCCUGACUUAUGAGAUCUUGUCGUUUAGCAGACUGUCGAGGUGUGAGUGGGUCUCCAAAAUGUUCACCAAGGUGUCAAGAUACAACGAUUGAACGACAAGGUACCUGAAGUAGGGUUAGAAUUGUCUUCAAAAGUUUGCUCGAAGCAUAAGUCCCUUCCAAGUGGCACGAGUAUAUGCGCUUUUCGCAGUUUCUUGGAGGCUUUUCUUUUCAGCUUUCCUUCACGACGUCGCUUAGUCUCAGCCGUAUUUUAUGAUUUGCACGUAACUGCAAAUAAUACUAAGCUUCUGAAGCUUCCUAGCAGCAAUGCAUUCGGCAUCAAAUCCGUAGACUAUGUUUAGUGUCGAU